AUGUCAUUUGAUCCUGAAGAUAAAGCUCCGUCUUCUCCCAAGUCAGAGCGACCUUUACUUAAUCCGCUGCCGGCGCCGCAGAGCGUGGCGGCGUUUAUGAUGGAUGUGGAUUUGGAAUUGGAUCUCGAAUCUUCUUGGUCUUCCGACCAGAUCUUUACGAAUCUUAUGUCGCCGUUUCAGCUAUCGAAUUCGGAGCAGCCGUGUUCGCCUCUAUGGGCUUUCAACGAUGAGAAUAACGAUUGUAAACCGGCUGGAAAUUCCGUCCCCGGUGGAGGUUUCCGCCUCUCCAACUGCUCCAGGCAUGCGACUAAUCCUGAGUCAAUAACCGACAAUGGAGUGGAAAAUGAUGAUAAAAGAAAACUGCCUUCACCACUUCUUGGAUUGAGACCAAUUGAUAAUCCAGAUGAGUCUUGUAUAAUCAAGGAGAGGAUGACUCAAGCUCUUCGAUACUUCAAAGAUUUGACAGGAGAGCAUGUAUUGGCUCAGGUUUGGGCACCUGUGAAGAAUGGUGGUAGGUAUGUGCUGACUACUUCGGGGCAGCCCUUUGUUCUUGACUCGGAUAGUAAUGGACUUCAUCAGUAUAGGCUAGUUUCUCUGAUGUAUAUGUUUUCUGUGGAUGGAGAGACUGACGGAGCCCUUGGACUACCGGGUCGAGUGUUUUGGCAAAGGUAUGAAGAAUCAUGGAGCUCUUUUGAGAGUGCUAUAGCAAAACUUAGGGCUAAUGGCUUUGCGCUCAUGGCAUCAGCACGAGUCAUGAGAGAUGCUGCUGCUAAUAACUUGGCAUCAGAUACUGCCAUGAAUGCAUCUGAAUUCUCAUUAGGACCCUAUUGGGAAUUGUAA